ACCAGACACCAGGCUCCGGGACCUGACAUUCGCCGAUCGGAAAAGCAGAGAGAGGUAGAGACAGAAAACCCUGGUCCGAUGCAACCGGCGAGGGGAAGCCAGUUAAACUACCGCCUCGGCGCCUCGGUCUCCGGUACUAGCGGCUGAUUACGCGGUCUUGUUGCUGAUAUUUUCCCGCUGGAUUUGGGCUUGUAGUCGGAUGCGGGCUUGUUUUGACUGCAGUAAUAGUCAUACUCGCCCCCCUCCUUCCCUACCGACCGAGUAGCGGAUUUGCGAGGGAUCUCUGUGCAGCUCCCCGAGUGACCGGCGAUCCUGCACGGCCCCGGAGCGUCUCUCUGCUCCGCUGCCCCAACACGCGCGUCUAUCCGCCUCGAAAAGAUCUUAUUUCUGUGAGGAAUUGGACAUAAGCGCCAAGUUUCCGAUUGGAUUUUCCCCUCCUGUGCAGCUACCUUGCUCCUGUCAUCAGAUCGGCUGCAAAUCCUAUUUUCGCUUUUUUCCCCCUUUUCCAAAGCACCGUUGACGCCAUUUUCCUCGGGGUUUUCUGUCAAAAAACAUAUAUUCUGGCACCGUUUGACAGCUCCCCGGGAGGCUGUCAUCCCAUCCGUCGCUUGUGUAAAAUGUGUCUAAAUGGAUUGUAAAUGAUCUUGAUAAAAUAUUUACACGAUAGAGUCGAGUGUGUGACAACAUCAGAAAUGGACUGUCCCUGGCUUUGCUGUGUUCCUGUGGGACACCCUAACCCAACUCCAGUAGCUGAUUGACAACAACUCACCAGCCCGACAGACUACUGUUCUUAUCUUCCUAUUGGCUGGCUGCCACAGCUUCCCCCAUCCUGACCUGGCUCUGGCGGGAGUGUGGAUGGAGCCAAGGGAUCUGGUUGGCUCGGCCCGACCCAAAGAGGCGGAGUUACAGGGAGGCAGGGUGGGGCCCAAUGAAGUGGACCGGGAAGGAGCAGGGGGCAUCGGUUUGGCGCGUGGUGAUGAUGUGAUUAAUGGUGCCAUCAGCGAAGGGGAGGGGCUAGAGGAGCAGGGGGAGGGGCUUCUGGAGGAGCAGGAGUUCUCCAUCAAGGAAGCAAGUUUCCAGGAAGGAAGUCUAAAGCUGAAGAUUCAGACCACAAAGCGCACCAAGAAGCCCCCCAAGAACCUUGAGAACUACAUUUGCCCACCGGAGAUCAGGAUGACCAUCAGACCUCCGGUUGGAGAGGGCAAAGGGGGGCGGCAGGGACGGACAGGAGGCGGGGCAGGGCGGGGCCAGAAGGACGAAGAACGAGGACCGCCCAGAAAAAGGACGUACGAGCGGCAGUUCAGAAUGCCUGAGCAGAAAGAGGGAGGCCUGCUGCAACUACUGGGUGAUCACACUCCGCCCAAACACCAGCUUCGUGGCUCCCUCCCUCCUGCACACACACUGUCACACACACAGCAAACACAGCACACCCUCACACAACAAUUCCAACAUGCACAUCAGCACCAAAUCAAUCCGGACUGGAUCACGUCUACAGCACCUUCUGCAUCCCCGGCCAACCCUGCAGACUCUGAGCCAGGAGCCAGCAGGAGCUCUUUGCUUGAUCCAACGCAAGCUUUCUCACGAACAGCGACACAAAGCCCCUCGCCUCAGAGAUCCCUGACUCCAGACCUGCAGUUGCCAGUGGUUACAGAUGCCAGUAUUCUCAACCUGACCUCUCUCAGCAGGGGGAGGGGGUUGCAAGAGGUCAGUGAACAGCUCUUUGGCAACAUCAAGAGGAAGUACGGCAGGAAGGACUCCCAGAGGACGCUGGGUAAUCCCCACGGUGCUGAUACACCUUGGGGAAGACAACCUGAGAAAGGAUUGGAGAGCCCGACUAAUUCAGAGGAGAAGCAGAAGUACCGGCAAGAGGAGACAGCUGAGCGGUUUCAUGAAGAAAGAGAGGAGAGAAGAAAAGAGGAAAGAGAGCGAGCGAUCGCUGGGAGGAGAGGAGAUGAAGAAGACAGAGGGAUGCCCAUGCUGACAGAGGAAGGGAAAGGAAGAAAAAGGCGGAGGAGGCCUUCUUUUGACGAGUCAUUUUCUGUAGAGGAGCAAUUACAGCUACGGCAGGACUCUGACAGUACAGAGAAGCACCAGCCUGGGCCCCCAGAACCCAAAGUAGCACAUAAGAUGGAGACUCAUAAAAAUGAUUCCCGACUCACAAGUCACGCUGAUGUCAGUAGAGAGAGGGUAGAAAAAGCAGAGAGGGCAGAUAAAGGUGAUAAAAGAGAAAAAGGAGACAGGACGGAAAGAGGAGAGACUCUUAUAAGCGGAUCUGAUCCCGAGUCAGCUUUGAUUGCAAACAAAAUGAAAAAGAACUCUGUGGGUCGUCCUAAGAUCAGUGCAGACAUCCUUAAACACAGAGAGUCUGUUCACAAUCACAUCAACAAACCCAUUCUGAUCACCAGGCUCCCUAGUCCAAACCCCAGCCCCAGCCCUCGAAGCAGCAUCAGUCCGAGCCCAAGCCCCAAACCCAGGGCUAGCAUGAGCCCCAGUCUCAGCCCCAGACCCAGGGCGGGCCUGAGCCCCAGCCCCAGCCACAGCACCAGCUCCACAGCCAGCUCCAGACCAACCAAGACCAAGGACAGGUGGUCCUACCUGAAAGCUAAAAGCUAUGCCAGCCUCACGUCACCCCAGAGAGACAACCGGUGUAGCCCCUUGACCUUAGCUGACCCACCCUCCGCCUUCCCCAUCACCCCCUCCAGCCCCCUCUACACCAACACUGACAGCCUGACUGUCCACACCCCCAUUAAGAGGAAACGAGGACGCCCAAAGAAACAGCCGCUCCUGACAGUGGAGACCAUCCAUGAGGGCACCUCCACAUCACCGCCUAGCCCACUGGCCCAGGAAGCAGCUGCUGGGCUGAACCGUAGGAGGAAGACACACACACUAAACACAUUAGUGCAAAUGACCUCCUCAGCCACCAGCGCCAACUCGAGUAGUCUGAAGCUAAAGCGUGGCAGGGUCCCCUCCAGGCCGGUGAAUAAGAUGAAACUUGGGAAAAUGCAGAGCAUCCUGAAUGAGAUCCUUUCAGGCUCCAGUCAGAACGGCGCCCUGGCUCUGAAAUCAUCUUCUGCCCCCGUAACCUCAGCUAUGAGUGCCAUGGCCUCCACUAUUGAGGCUAGGCUGGGAAAACAGAUAAACGUCAGCAAGAGAGGAACCAUCUAUAUUGGUAAGAAGAGAGGGAGGAAACCCAGAGCAGAAACCCAAGGAUUCAACCCUCUUAAAACCACUAGGGACAAGCCCACCCUGUCUGCCUCCACACACAGUCUCUAUGAGAGCCCUGUAGUGCCUUCUGCCACCUUGUCUCCCAGCUCCAGCGCUACUUCCAUAAGAACCAGCCACUCUGAUUCCACUAUGCCCAGUUUGCAGCCCAUCUUAGCCCUGCCCUCCAAGCCACAAGGCAGGAGCUUCCUCUCCGGGGGAUGGAAACUGUCUCCUCCACGUCUUCUGGCGAACUCCCCGUCCCACCUGUCAGAGGGGGCAUCCGUGAAGGAGGUGACCCUGUCCCCCAUCAGCGAGUCCCACAGUGAGGAGACCAUACCCAGCGACAGCGGGAUCGGCACAGACAACAACAGCACCUCCGAUCAAACUGAGAAGGGGCCCGCCUCUCGGCGCAGGUACUCGUUCGAUCUGUGUGGGUUUGAGGCUGCGGAGGCUGCAGCCCUGGAAGCGUCCAACAGGGGCAGCAAAGCACGCUGUGAACGGCAAGUUACUGCUGUUGACAACUUCCUGUCACUGCAGGAAAAGAAACAAAAACACCAUCGACGGAAGAGGAAGUGCCUACAGAGCCGGGAUCAUCUCCACUUUCUCUCUGAGCUGGAGGAGGUUGUGGUAAAGCUCCAGCAGCUACGAGUGUCUCACAGACGAUACACCUGCUACCCCCAGCACACAUAUCCCUCCAUAUUCCGCCUCAACUUCCAUCAUUACUACCCUCUGACCUACGACUCCUACCCCUGCGACUCCAGCUCGUACCUCCGUAGGAGCGCCGAUCUGAAGGCAAAGAGGAGGCGCGGCCGUCCAGCCAAAGCCAGCGAGCCAAUCACAUCGAAGCUGCCUUUUGUUCAAGGAUAUGGUUAUCCACUGGCAGGGGGAAAUUACUAUGCAGCACCGUAUGCGAUGCCUUACGCACCUCCUCUGAGUUUGGGCUACUUUCCCCCUGCUACGCCAUAUUACCUGCCCCACCACUCGAUGGGACCUGCACCUCCAUCUCCCUUCAUGAGGCCGGCUGUGCCCCCUCCGAAGGCUUUCCACACCAGUGGACACUCAAAGCUCCAGCCGGGGGGCAAGCUUCGCAGUGCCAGCGGCCCACUUCAGGGACCCUCUGUAAGAGCAGAGGGCCUGGGAUCCCUGGUUAGUGGCAGUGCAGGGGGUCUCGCCGGGGUUCGCCUCCAUAAGAGGAAACACAAGCACAAACAUAAGCACAAGGAUGAGCCCCUCCUGUCACUGCGAGACCGGCAGGAGUUGGGUGGGCUCUUCAGCGGAGCUAAGACCAAUGCACGUCUCAGCAUGCUGAGUGACAGGAGGGACCUGGCCAAUCAAGGCUCUUCAAAGCAUCUGGAGAAGCAGAGGGGCAGUGGUAGAGGCCCAAGCAUGGGAUCCAGCUUAGGGAUGUUUGAGUCGGACCAGCUGUCCACACACUCUCUCGCUGACAGCCAGUUCCACUCCCGUCAGACACGGCAGCCAAUAAACAGCUUCAUGAGCAGCUACAGUAGCCAAUCGCAGCGGUCGGAGUCAGCUUCUGACCUGUUUCUGGGGUCGCGGGAGGACAAAUGCGAUGGGAGGAGCAGGAAGACGAGGCUCACUGUGUUUGGAGAUCAGGGCUUACUGUCGUUCCAAACUGCCAGGCAGGAUCCCGGACAGAUGAACAACUGCUCCAGUCCCGCCCUCAAUGAUGUUCCUGGUAAGCGAAGGUAUAAGCGGCGCGAGGUUGAGCAGAUCCAGAAGGACGUGAGGAGGAUGCACUCUUUGAACUUUGAGCAUGUGCAGAAGAUCCUCCGUGCCAAGCGCCUGCAGCGACAAGCCAAAACAGGAAACAAUGUCGUCAAAAGACGGCCAGGGCGGCCCCGUAAACAACCCAUAGAGGAAUGCGAGCCGCCUAUCAGGAGGGUGGAAGCUCGGGCUGAUGGUCGGGUUUCGGACAUGUUUGCCGGGAGGAAAGGUGAUGGCAGGACUUUGGGGAUGCCUGUCCUGGAGAGGUGUGAUGACCUGCCAGGUAGGCACAGCCUCAGGCCAAGCUUGACCCCCGAGCCUCUGGAGUUCGCAAAUCACGAUUCCAUCUCAGCAACAAUUGAGACCGUUGUGCAUCAAGCGCGGUCUGUGCUUCCUCUGGCCAAAGGGGGGAAGCGCAGAGGCCGGGCCCACAGCAGGGACGAGUUAUGGGAUCCUUCCUGUCAUUAGACCCGUGGGAGAGAGCAACUCUGUAUCCGAGUGGAGAGCAGUUGGUGCUGUUUCUGAUGCAGUGCCCUUCCGGGACUCCUUGGUGCACUUUGACUUGAGGACGACAGAGGGUCAGUGGCAGAGCAGGAGGAGGGAACACUUCCAGUACAAUCCCUCUGCUUGCUAAACCCAACAAGAGAUGAGCCUUUCAAGGAAUCAUUGGACCUUCAUUUACAAUGGCACUAUAUGGUACUAUUUGAUACUGAAUCUGAUGCUAUAAAAGUGUGUGGUACUUAUGAUAGUGUAGGCUAUUAUGUGAUUCUUUAUGUAUCUGAUACAGUGAUGUGUAUGGUACGUUAUGAUACUGUAUCUGAAUGUGGCUUUAGCCAUAUAUUUACCAGCAAAGGGGAGGAGGAAUGGUUAAUAUGAAACUGUGCAGCUCUGCUUAUUUUUGCCUUUCUGAGGAACAAAGGAAUAAAACAGCAGUAAUUAAGCCACCUUACCCGUUUACUUACUCCCACCGUCAACUGUACCUCCCUUGUUUUCCCGUUCUCUCUGAGGAGUAACCGAUACUUGCUGGCAGCUCCUCACCCCUUGUCCCCCUCCCCGCUCGACACUCACCCCAACUCUUUAGCCCUCCCUGGUGCCUGCCAAUCAACUUCAUGUCCUUUUGUCCUCUCAUCUACUCCCAAUCAUGUUUUACAUCUCCUAUUGCUUGUGCUCCCUCAACUUACCCCGUCUCAUUUAAUUCUCUGCUCAAUCAUGUCCUGAGCAGAGACAUAAAGGCAAUAUGGUGGAUGAGACUGUCCCAGACUGUACAUAGAAACAAAGUCCACUGUUGCCUGCCUUGUACAAUGAGAAACCAGCUCAAAGACAUGUACUGGCAUACAGUAUAUCAAAUAGUAUUGUUGUACCAUAGACAAUGAAAGUUGUGUAUUGUUUUAUAACCAAAAACAGACAUGGGUGCGACUCAAGACAAGUUUGUUUUCAGACAGAAAGAACCACGUAUAUUCAUUCAUACACUCAUUAUUGUGUUUAUAUCCAGGGGGCAUUGCAUACAGGAGGAAUAUCAGGUGUGAUUUUGGUAAACCUUAAAAUUGGUUUAUUGCACUAUGAAAAAACCAUACUCUUGCAUCAAUCAAAUGCAGCACUUACAUGCUUGUUCCAGCCUUAUGUUUUGGCCUUCGAUGGUGUGGAUAUCCAUUCCAGAGAACAUGCAUUAUUUUAAUCAAUUUGUAUAUGCAGGCUACGCAGCCAAAAGCGUCAAACCGCAGCCCAGAUCUGAAUCCUGAUUGGACAGUUCAGAUGAAGAGGGCUCACAGUCAGUGUUUUGAAAAGCUAAUCCCAGUCUUUCUACUUUACAGGAUUUCUAAUCCAUAUCUGUGGAAAUAUUUUUUUUUAAGGUAAAUCCAGUAUUUAGAUUUAGAAACCAAAGUCUCAGUAUUCAGUGUAAGGAUGUAUUAUUUAAAAGAAUCUAAAUCAGAGUUUGACAAACCAUGUUGGCACCAAUGUAAAGCAUUCCUAUGUGCACUCUAGAAUGUAGCCAUCUUGGAUCUUCUGUGUCAAUAUGUCAAGCUUCUGGUAAACUCUAUCUACAGUAUAUGUGACUUUGGGUAGUGGUUGGUAUUUUUCUCAAAUACGUAUUUCAGAAGAAAAAAAAAAGCAAUGGAUCAGUGUUUCUUUGGCGACGUUGUUAGUUUUGUUUCAGGAGAUUCUGUUUUCUUUGGGAUGGGUGGGAUUCUCAGUGGCAGCAGUUCAACUUGUGCCUUAUUGUUUCUUUCUCUCACCAAUUACAUUUGACCUGAUAAAUAUCAAGCGGCAAAGAGUGGCCCAGAAAUUGUCCCAAAAUAUCCAUGAUUGUGCAUUGACGCAUGUGUCUUAGUCAUUUCAACCCUGACUCUGCCUGUGUCCCUUCACAGCUUCCAUGGUCAGCAUCCUCUGUCACAGGGCACUAUGCCGGUCUAGUUUUCGACUCAUAUCAUCAUAACAGAACUAGAAAGGCUGGACUGAUGAAUACAAUCUGAUAUAACUCUAUUGAAGACACAUUGUGUGCUGGCCUACAUCGUGCUGUACAGCAGAGAGUGCCACCGUAUCAGAUGUGUUUCUAUCCAGAGAUAUCGAUUGUACUCAAUGUCCCCAAUAUAAUUGAAGAUCAUCUGCUCUGCCCAGCAUUCAACCAGUUAUUUACAACAUGUAACCGGUUACGUCCUUGGCAAAGGAGGAACAGAGGACGUUGUCAUGGAAACCACGUUCUCCUACACUGUUGUUUGCUAUGCAUCAGGCCAUGCCUGGCGAUGACCUUAAAAGGAAUUUCUGUUCUGGGUCCACCCUUCGACAAAGAGAAAUAAGUGGUCUUAUUUACUGAAUAAAAUGAAUUCAUGUAACAAGAAUUGUGAAUAAUACCAGUAAUAAUUUGUAAUAAGUUGUGCAGAAAGUGACUAUCAUUUCCUGAAAACUAUAGUGACUGCAGCUCUAUGCAGUACAGCCUUAACCAGAUGUAAAACUACAGUAUUGAAGUGUUUGUUGUAAAUAGUGUUAGUAUGUCCAUCCUGCAUGGAUACCGGUUGGCCUCGGCUAUGCAGGGACUGUCUCCUAAAACCACAGUAGACCUUCUCUCUCUCGAUAUAUAGACUGCUCAAGACCCCCCCCCCCCCCCCCAAAAAAAAAUAAUACAAACAAUCAUAACCCUUACUGAUUUUUCUAUUCGACAAAUUCUGCUGUACAUUGACAGUCAUCAUUCCAGUCCGUUAAAUUACACAGAAUGCUGAAAUAGUUUGCCUUAUCACACCUCUACAAGUUCUCGGAAGAUGAAAGCCCCUCUAUAGUACACUCAACCAAAAAUAGGAAUCCCCGCUGAUUCGCAGCUAUUUUGCCCGCAGCCAGUUGGGGCAUUGCAGUAGCGUGAAGAGUAAGCAAGAGGGAUGUGUGUGUGUGUGGGGGGGGGGGGAGCCCUCAGAGGAAAUAGCCAAAAAUACACUCGUCCUAAAGUCAGUGUGCUUAACCUUGCUUUGCUUGACUUUUGGUGGGCCUGCAGUCUGUUGUGGUGAGGAUGAGGUCUAGAUGUGUGGUCCGUGAGGUGUAGGGACUACACGCUCGGCAGCUUACUCCAUACUGUGGUCAGUCAGCGCGGUUUCUGAUGUAAGAGUUAAAGACCCCAGGUGUUGUCUGUCCUGUCUGUCUCUCCUACCAGCCAAUGCUCCGGUGCCUUCUAACACUGACAAGUAUUGUCCUAAUCCAGAGCUUUCACUCUACACAGAGACUGCAGAGGGGAUGUGGCUGUGAAAAGGGUUCAAGGUCACUGUUGUUGUACUGUAUUUAGCAGCCUAUCUGGACCAGUGGCUACACGAGGCCCCUGAUCACUGAUGUAAGGAUCUUUCAAUUUGUCUUUGGUGCUAGCAUCAAGGGCAGCGCAGCGGUGUCAGAUCUUGCAUCAGUGAUUGGGGUGUACUUACUGAAGUCUACACUUACAGUUCACUACAGCGACUAGAAGGGGAUAUAAUGGCACCCAAAUGUUGAUCACCCCCCAUUCCCUUUGUAGCAUGCUGUGAUGAGUGUCCUACACAUGGAGUGAGGGGUCACGUGAGACAGAGCCUCAUAAAUGUACAUGCAGUCAUCCUCACAGCAUAUGUUACAGUUCUAAGCUAUAAUGUUGUUCAAAGCUGAAAGUGCAUAUGAAGCAUUGAGAAAACCAAUAAAUGUUCUUCUCUAGAGCACAAAGCGAGCUCUUCUAACAGUGUGGGCAUAUUUUAGUUUGUAUACAUAGUGUAUUUGAACCUUUUUCUAGAGUGGGUUUCCUUUAUUUGCAUGCUCAACUUGAUUGUAUGCAUAAAUAUUUUAGACAAGCCGAAAUUUCAAUUGAAUUUGGAGCAAGACUUGUACAUUGUUUGAUAUGUUUCUUUUUGUAAUGAAUUUUUUAAUUCAUGAAGCAUUUUUGUACAUUGUAUGAAUAUUAAAAACCGCAAAUAUUUGACAUAUAGAGUAAAUACUAGAUGCGCAUGCAUAUGCAUAUAUCCUUCACAGUAUGUAUGUGUAAAUGUACACAUAUAUUUUGUAUUUGCAUUUGCCGGCAUACAGAUAUAUGUCUUAAGCACAUAUAUACAUGCAACAUAUAUGUAUAUCCAUGUCCGCUGGCAUGCUUUUGGUCAUGUUUAUCUUUCAUGAUCUUGUAGGUUUUUUGUUUUUUUUUCUUUCCGCAGAAAGAAAAGCUCAUUCUUUUGCUACCCUUCUGUUGGCUGGCAGCGUUGAGCACUUAUUAAGAAGAACUACAGUUGAAGUUGUUCAUGUUAUCCAUUGUGUGAAAUAAUAAAUGACUUUAUUGACAGCU